ACAUUCAUGUUGAGAAAAGGUAAUGAUACGAUCUCUUUGGACGGUAAGACCUACGAAAUUUCGUUUCAACCGUGGAUGAACGACAAUCAACUCUAUGAAUGGAGGGAAGCGAUGUGGUUCCAGUUCUUCUGGAUUAGGUGCCUACAGAUUCCUGUUUCAGCACUUCCACUACUCGAGGAAGCAGUGGAAGUGGCUUUUGGCCCUAUUCUGAAAACUUACCCAGCGUUUAAGGAACCUUGUUCUCCGGAGCUCUUAAACAUUCGCUUUGAUUUGGCCACUUGGGCCAGGUUUCGGUAUAAACCAUAUCUCACAAUCGAUCUGUCUGAAUUUGGUUCAGUGGAUAUUGAAGUGGCCUGUGCAGGGACACCUUGGUGCCCUCGCUGCAGAAGAUUCUUUCAUUCUGAAGAUGAUCCUGAUUGCCCUAGGAAUGCUAGGAGGAACACGAGGCCUUGGAAAUCACAAGACAAGGCCCAGAAGGAUAAGGAUGGAAAGAAACAGGCACUGAAACCUCAAAACAAAGAGAAGGAGAAGGAGAAGGAGAAGGAGAAGGAGAGGGAGAAGGAGAAAGAGAAGCAGAAUGAGGAUGGCGUCAACAAAGGUCCGCAGCCUGAAAAACAGGCGUCCCCAGUUAAAACAGGAAAAGGCUGGGAGAUAGUUGUAUGGAAAGGAGGCCUUAAAAAGGCCUAUGUCCCUGGAAAGACUUCGGAAGAGAGAAAAAGGGUCACGAUAGUUUCAGAUGAUGAUGAGGAGGAGGAGGAGAAGGAAGAUGAGGAGGAAGAGAAUGGGGAAGACCUUGUAGUGAAACGAAAGCAUGGACUCCGGGUAAGUCCGGAAGGGGCAAAGGAAGAUCCGGAUGACUCAGACAGGAUGAAUGUUUCGGUUGUACAUCCGGAUGUGGGGAAACAGGAUGAGAGUUCUGCGUCCGGAGAGAAACUCAACUCCCCUGGCAUUUUUAUUUUGGAUGAGGUGGAUUUGGAGACGUUCAAGGAUAGGGGUGAAGAGUCUGUUGGGAAAGGAGAUUUUAAUCAAGAAAAGGAGAAUGAACAGAGGGACGGUGAGGAGAUGGAUCUCAGUGGUGAGGAAUCAGAGGGGGAUUUGUUGGGAGUGGUGGGUGAGAAAAUGGGAGGUUUGGAGGAUCCAAUAAACGAGUUGGGGGCUCAGGAGGAGCACCGGAAGGAGGAGCAUACCCCCCGGAAAUUGAUAAAGGAAGGGGAGUCCUCUUCACUGGAUGCAUUCAGGAUUGUGGGCCCGGAACAAGGGGCUUUCGUGAAGGGUCGAUCUAUUUUCGGUAAUAUUAUCGCUGCCCUUCAAGCCCUGGAAAUCAUAUCUACUGAGAAAAGGAAUGUCGCAGUCCUUCUCCUUGAUAUGGAGAAGGCUUACGAUAAGAGGCAAGGAAGUAGUAAUCCUCUCUCGGAAGAGGACUCUUGCGAUCCUUACACCGACUUCUGCAGGAGUCUUAUUGGUUGUCGCGGACCUAUUCGCCACUCGUCUGGCAAGAUUCUCGUGGUCGGGAUAUCGGAUCUUCCUAUAUGUCUGCCUCCCGAGUACUCGGUGACAUUACACAUCUACUCAUAUAAACCAGACCCUGCCGUAAUAGUUGACGAUCCAAUGCUGGUUCAAAAGAUCACAGACGCCAUACAGGAUGGCCGCACCCAUUAUGACAGCAACGUUCUUCACCAAGGCCACGGGUAUGCUGGAUUUUCUCUCAAUGAUUGGAGAUUCUUUAUUGUCAAAGACAAGGAGUUGGAAUUGUUUCUACUGUCUCUUUUCCCACAGGGUCUGGUGGAUGAUAAGACGAGGGAAGAGAUUCAAGAUUCUAUUCAAUCUGGUGGGAAAGUAAGAACAUUUGAGUACCAGGUAGAUGAUAUGUUAGAAGUGGUAUCCAGGCUGGAUGGUGAGGAAUUYGAGGACGCCCAUCCACUUAGGGAAGCCGGGUUCAGUAAGAAGAGAUUUCGUAUCUUCCCGGAGAUGAUGUCUGGACCCUAUGUUGGGCCUGUGUUCUGAGUGACAAAGCCAGAGAGGGGGGGGGCGGGAAGAGGUAGACGAUGGAUAUAGGGGCAUGUGUUCUUAUUCUGCACAGGCACCACACAAAUAAAUCGAGUUAUAGACUUCUAGAAAGUCUUAGGAGGAAGAGGAGUUCAAGGUGUUCAACUUUGCUGCCCUGCCAAGCAAUGCCAAGCAAUGCCAAGCAAUGCCAUGUGCUGCAUCAUAGUCUCUCUACUUUAUAAUGCCAGACCGA